AUGACGUCAUCAGUGACUGGUGGCUGUCCAUUGGCUCUUGUCAUUCUGCUUCUCGUGUCCAUGGAUCCUACAGCCACUGAGGUGGUGAACUCAGUCAACGACUGUACUGAAUUCUUCCUGGAUGGAAAGCCACCGGAUAUACCAGGAGUCCUGCAGCAGGGGACCAUUCAGGACCAGAAUCGCUACAAGCCCGUUUGCCAGGAAUAUGAAAAUACCAGGAGGUUCAUGACGCUCUAUGACACAGUUAAUAAGAUCCCAGUGUUUUCUGCAUAUAAAUACACAGGAGACGACGGAAGCAAAAGACCAAGAAAUCCGAAGUGGAUGUUUGAGCCAAAGCUUGAAGAUGGGGGAAGCAAAAGCAACAUGAAACAACUGAAUAAAGGAAAAAAAUACUCCAAACAAGCUAGUUUUUCCGACUAUACUAAUCAAACAGACUAUGAUAAAGGCCACAUUUUUCCAAGUGCUCAUGCUCACCACAAAUCAGAUAAGGAGGCUACAUUUACCUUGACUAACAUUGUGCCACAAGCCGGCACAUUUAAUAGGGGAAGCUGGCAAAGAAUGGAGAAAUGUGUCAGAUGUGUGAUGCAUGAAUACUGUUUGAACCAAAACAACCAACAUGAAGCAUUUGUCGUGACUGGAGCAAUUCCCAAUGCAAACAAGACUCUCAAAAACAAGGUCAAUAUUCCAAAAACUCUCUGGACAGCAUUUUGCUGCUAUAGCAAAGUUACGGGGGAAUGGUUAGCAAGCGCACACUGGGGUGACAAUGUUAAAGAAAAUCCUAGAGUAUUAAUGGAGACCAAAAAUAUAGACAUGAUUUCACUUAUUGAUGUCGACCCCUUUCCACAACAUCAAUAUCGUCUCAACGUAACAGUAAGUCAGUAUUAUCCUACUUUAGAGAGUGUGAAUGUCCUCCCGCUCCUUUGACAACAUCCACCCCUCCCACUUCCACAU